UAAUUGCCAAAAUCACUGGUCAUUGCGAAAGAACUAUUAGGUAUUGGAAAUACUAUUUAAAAAAUCCCACUAGCAAACCACCAAACCAAAAACGAGGACGGAGGCGGAUAAUGGAUGAAGACACUUUGGCACUCCUAUAUUUAGAUUUCCUUCAUAACAAUGAUAAAUUUCAAAGAGAAAGAGCCGAACUUAUUCUUAAGGAAAAGAAAAUAGAAGUUAGCCAACAAGUUAUCUCUUAUAAUUUAAAAAAAGACAUCGGCUUUACUCGGAAAAAAGGCACUAAACGAUAUUCGGGAUUAAACAUGGAAGAGGCGAGGCUCCUCGAUAUGCUUGGUCGCGAAGAGAUUGCCCUGCCGAGAUUAUCCAGCCAGGGCAAAAUUUUCAAAAAAGAGAAAGGCAAGAAAAAUAAAAUCAAAAAAGGAACCGAUGCUAUAGAUUUUUAUAAUUUUCUAAAAGACAUUGAGUUGCCCGAUAAUGAAAUGUAUCAUGCUCUUUUGGACAAUUCUAAAAUCCAUUCUGCUCCUGACAAGUUGAAAAAAGCGGGUCUGUUAAGUAUGGAAGAAUUAGCAUUGCAAAAGAACAUAAUACUUGUAUACUUACCUCGUUAUGCUCCUCAAUUGAACCCAGCCGAGUUAUGUAUUAACUUUAUUAGAAAUCGCAUUGAAAGCAAUAAACCCCAAACCGAGGAAGAACUAAAAAAGGUUGUAGAAGAAGCAGUAGAUCUUCUUAAUAAACUAGAUUUGACCAAAAGUUUUCAACAUUGUCGAGAUUAUUUUUUUGUUUUGUUAAAAAACGGAAAAUAA